UUUCUAUGUUGUCACACGUUUGCUUUUUAUUUUCUGCAAGAUUUCUGCAAAUUUUUAACGAAGAAAGCAAAGUAUACAUAUAUUUCGGUGUCAUUUUGUUCGGUUUUUGAUAGUUUUUUCAAAAUGUCAAGUUACAGCGGAAAAACAGUGGCCGGUUCGGACGGUAGCGAUCAUUCCUUCCGUGAGAAAGUUGCUUCGCAAUACAAGACAAGCGCGAGCCUAAAAUCGACCAUAAAGACUCUAUUUCUGCUCUCAUUUUUGCCAAUGCUUGUAGUCCUGAUUCAUAUCAUGCAAGAAGACUUGGAAAUAAGGUUCCUGAACGUGGAUCUUCCCCAAGUUGAAGUUUGGCAAUACGUUUACAUGUUAGCACCCUUUAUAACCUUCAUUGGGUAUUCGUCUUUGCAUAAAAACAAAGCUACACAAAUGUCGAUUUAUAUUUAUUUCUCACUUGCAACUUUAGUACCAGCUUUGUUAUACAAAGCCUGGUUAAAUUUUACGAAUCCUUCACAAACAACAUUGUUUAAAAUGCCGCUUUCAGUAUUAAACUAUAUAUUUGUGGUAUUAACCAUAUUAAUGCAUGCGUAUUCAUUGUUCUGUGCUUCUAAACUUGUAAAAGCUUGGAAACAGAAAGGGUACAAAUCAAAAUAAAUGAAUAUUUUAAGAAAAAAUCUCAAAAAUGUGCCCUGCUUUUUAAAUUAGGUGUUGUUUACAAUUUUUUAUGGCAAAAAUUUGUUCCUUCUUUUAUUUUUCGCAUAAAACAAGCCUUAGCCGUAUACCUUUGAUUUUAAUGGAUGCAAUAUUCUUUAUUGGCUUUAGUUGUGUGUGGACUGUGGAAAGUGUCUUAUAGGUUUUGUGUGUAAGUGUAACAUAGAAUAUAGUGGGUGGGAGAAGAUGGGACACUUUUUAUUCAACUUUCUGGCUUCAUUUGGUAGUAAACAAAGAACAUUCAAAUAAAAAUGAAACCACAACCUCACGACUCUCAUAAACCGUUGUUAAUUGUUUAAAACACAAUCGGAAUGUUUGGAUAUUUUAUGUGCUAAAGGUGUCCCGUCUCCCCCCACUCUACUGUAUCUCUUAUUAAGCAGUUGGUUGGACAUUAUUUUUGACUGUUAUGUUUUUGUAGCACCAGAUCACUACUGUAUAGAGAAGGUGAUUCAUUGGUGUUUUUGUUCGGGAAUUGGGAUUUAGGUUGUCAGGUUUUAAAUGUUUGUUUUUUUAAGAAUUUCAACCCAUUCCUUCAUUAGUGUCUUUUAUGAUUUAUGGAUUUGUAAAUUGCCAAUAAUUAUUCUGCAAAUCUGGUUAUAGUGUUCUAACUUCUAUCUAAAGCAUUUUUUUUUCACUAAAAUGAAAAAUCAUGUUGUAGAAAAGUGUUGCUAACUAGUAACUAAAAGCCUUACGAUUUUUUUUCUAAAAUAUUGCAAUAGUAAUUCAAUACAAUUUAAAAUAUGUUUAUUGCUAUUAUUAUAUUUCGAUAUAUUGAAAAAUCCCUAACGAGGUCAUGUUUAUGGGUUAAAAACUCAAUUUCCUUGGAAAAUAACUUUAACAAUUUCGUAUUUUGUUUUAAA